CCUGCCUGCCAGCUUCCCAGCACCCUGCCCACCCCCUACUGCUCACUGGCAGCCUGUCGCUCCCAUGAAACCAUCAAAGGCAUCCCAGCGUUACAGAAGCAUCCGGAGAAACACCAGCCAGCACUACUUCUACCAGGAGUCCCUGCUGCUCAGCACCUUGGAUGACAGUUUUACCGCUGAUGACACAGGGGACAGCAAUGAUCCGGAGCAAAUCUUCCAGAAUAUACAGUUCCAGAAAGAUCUCAUGGCAAACAUUCGCUGCCGACCCUGGACCAUGGGACAGAAGCUGAGGGCGCUGAGACGAGCGAAGGACAUUGUGCUGAAGUUUGAAGGGAGGCUGACCAGGACCCGAGGCUACCAAGCGGCAGGCGCAGAGCUGUGGCGGAAGCUUGCUCGUCUGGCCUGUAACUUUGUGGUCAUCUUCAUCCCCUGGGAAAUGAGGAUAAAGAAAAUUGAGAGUCACUUUGGAUCUGGUGUUGCCUCUUAUUUCAUAUUCUUGAGAUGGUUAUUUGGAAUUAAUAUUGUGCUCACGAUUAUGACAGGUGCUUUCAUUGUCAUUCCAGAGCUCAUUGCAGGCCAGCCCUUUGGAAGCACAGCCAGCAAGACCAUCCCCACGGAGCAUGUGGCAUCUGCCCAAGACUUGGACACCGUCUGGUCCCUGGGGGGUUACCUCCAGUACUCUGUCCUCUUCUACGGCUACUACGGCAAGGAGAGGAGGAUCGGGAGAGCGGGCUACCGGCUGCCCUUGGCGUACUUCCUGGUGGGGAUGGCAGUGUUUGCUUACAGCUUCAUCAUUCUCUUAAAAAAGAUGGCUAAGAACUCCCGCACCAGCCUCGCCAGCGCGUCCAGUGAAAACUACACGUUCUGCUGGCGGGUGUUCUGUGCCUGGGAUUACCUCAUUGGAAACCCGGAGGCGGCAGAGAGCAAAACCGCGGCCAUUGUGAACAGCAUCCGGGAGGCUAUUCUGGAAGAACAGGAGAAGAAGAAAAGCAAAAACCUGGCAGUGACCAUCUGCCUGAGGGUCGUUGCCAACAUCCUGGUGCUUCUCUCGCUGGCUGGGAGCAUCUAUCUCAUCUACUUCGUGGUGGACCGGUCCCAGAAGCUGGAGCAGUCCAAAAAGGAGCUGACGCUCUGGGAAAAGAACGAGGUGAGCGUGGUGGUCUCCCUCGUCACCAUGCUGGCACCAUCAGCCUUCGACCUCAUCGCCGCCUUGGAGAUGUACCACCCGCGGACCACGCUGCGCUUCCAGCUGGCGAGGGUCCUUGUGUUGUAUCUGGGAAACCUCUACAGUCUGAUCAUCGCCCUCUUGGACAAAGUUGACAGCAUGAGCAUUGAGGAAGCUGCUUCCCAAAAUAGCACAAGUCACUGGACAGAUUCUGCCACGUUUGCCACCAGGGCAGCCUCUGAAGAAGACAAAUGGUCCACGCUUGGGCCUGGGGUAGGGCUCAGGAGAAACAGCACCUGGGCUCUGGAAGAGGCCAAUGUUCCAACUUACACCUCACCUCUCUCAGGGGCCAACAAGACCACCGUCUCCACCCAGCGUCCGCAAGACCAGUGCUGGGAGACCUACGUUGGGCAGGAGCUGCUGAAGCUCUCCAUCAUCGACAUGCUCUUCACCGUGGCCAGCAUUCUGCUCAUAGACUUCUUCCGAGGACUUUUCGUUCGGUACUUAAGUGACUACUGGUGUUGGGACCUGGAAAGCAAGUUUCCCGAAUACGGAGAAUUCAAAAUAGCAGAGAAUGUGUUACACUUAGUCUACAACCAAGGAAUGAUUUGGAUGGGGGCCUUCUUCUCCCCCUGUCUCCCUGCGUUCAACGUGCUCAAGCUGAUAGGGCUCAUGUACCUGCGGAGCUGGGCUGUGCUGACCUGCAACGUACCCCACCAGCAAGUCUUCCGCGCCUCCAGAUCCAACAACUUCUACCUGGCGAUGCUCCUAUUCAUGCUCUUCCUGUGCAUGCUGCCAACCAUUUUUGCUAUUGUGCGCUACAAGCCCUCUCUAAACUGCGGGCCAUUCAGCGGCCAAGAAAAAAUUUAUGACAUCGUGUCAGAGACGAUCAACAAGGACUUUCCCGCGUGGUUUGGCUCUGUGGUGGGGUACGUCAGCAGCCCUGUGGUCAUCCUGCCGGCCGUGCUGCUGCUCUUCAUGCUCAUCUAUUACCUUCAGAGCAUCGCAAGGUCCUUGAAGCUCAGCAACCACCAGCUCAGAAUGCAGAUCCAAAACGCAAGAUCUGAAGAUAAGAAAAAGGUUGCCCAAAUGGUAGAAGCUCGCAUCCAAACCCAAGACGAGAGCGCCAAGAGGCUUCCAAAGGACAGCGAUCUCGGCAGCCAGCUGUCCUCCGCUCACCCGGCGACUCCCCAGAACAACGGCAAUGUGGUCAGUUUCGACUCAUCAAGCAGCAAGAGUAGCAGGAUAGAGACCGUCACCCACCCCGCGCCCCGGAGUCCCCGGCCAGGGCCCGGCAGUGCCACCUCGCCCCUCCCUGGCUUCUCCAAGUCCAGGCUGGAGCCCAGCACUACCAGGUAUCCACGUGCAAGCACAGGUGAGCUUCACAGGAGCAGAUCCUGCACACCUAGGACGUUUACAAAGCACAUGGAAGAUGUUUACUCAGAGCCUCUUUUCCAAAAUGACAUUCAGCAAAUUAACCCUCCUUUUCCUGGAUCCCGGGUCUCGGACUUGAUGCCCCAUGGUCGCAGGUCCCACGCCCCCAGAUACUAUAUCGUUAAUGAACGUGACUCUCACCAAAAAAACCGUUCAGCUUUCUGGCCCGAAAGACGCUUCAAGGUAGAUGCUUUUGAGGACACAGUGGAGAUGUACCCCAGGAACACACGACAGGGCGUGUCCCGGGCCUCCCGCCAGCCUCGCUCUCCACAGCUAAGUGAAGAAGAGGGUGAGGUUCUGAGGAGAGAGGUGUUCGAGCAGGCUUUCCACCCACGCUCCCUGACCGACCUCCACGGGGCUUCUCAUUUUUAUGUGGGCGAAAGUUUAGAAAGCCGGGCCCUGACCUCCGAGCCCCAGAGAUGGACACAUUACAAGUCUUGGAAUGAUGGUUUCGAGGGCCAUCUUGACAGGCCGAUGUACGUGCACAGAAAGCCACGCUCCCGGAAUUUCCAGUACCCACAGCACCCUCUGAAGCCCAGAGUUAAGGCCAAGUUCGAGCCGUCCCUCACAGAAUCCGACUCCAUGUCAGCGGCGUCCAGCAGUGACCAGCAGAACAGCAGCGCUGACCAGUACCUCCAGGUCACCCGCAGCCACGGCAAGUUCCCGAGGUCCGCGGGCCAGCUCGGCAGGACGAAGGCCCUAUCUCGGCAGGAGCUGACCGCGGAUCUGCACGACCUGGUUUAUUCAGACGUCUAGGGCCUUCUUCUGGAGUCCCGUUCGUAGAGAUCAGAGUGCCAUUAGAGUGCAGUGAGGUGUGACAGUGCACGGUCCCUCCCCUGCUGGAAACAGAGGUGAACACAGCCAGGAGCUGAGACCCCGGGGCCUUGCGCAGGCCGCUGGCCACGGCCCCAAGACUCACACGGCUACGACUCCCUGUUCUACACCAACCACAUGCGAGUGGUCUGCGUCCAGCACCUUGGGCCCGUUAGGCCAUCAUUUCAAAAAACCUUAGUCUUUGACCUCCAUUCAGGGUGAUCACAAAUCGUUGGCAAGCCAGACAGCUCAUCUAGUUGUAGAAGCUUCACCCGAAGUGUGUGUGCUUGUCCUCAACCUCACAAGUGAACUGUAUUGUGAUGUUGUCUUUCAGCGAACAAAACUCAGCUCUCCCUGACAAGCACCCUGGAAUGAGUGGGCCGCUCGUAAAGAUUUCACAACGCUCAGUUGUUUCAUAUCAAUAAUCAGGUUAGUAAUGUCAAGAGUAACUAAAAUUUAUUGAAAGCUUACCAUACUGUUUAUCCGGCUGUGUAUCUGUAUUAAUUAGGACACCUGGGUUGGAGGCAACAAAAUUCCCAAGGUUUCUUGGUUCCUUUAACUGGGAGGAGUGGGAAUCAAGCUGGCUUCAGGCUCAGUUGGACCCAGGCGUCAACUAUCUUCAGGAUUCUGUCUUUUCAAUCCUCAACUCUUUCUGUUUGUUGACCUUGUUUUUGCCUACUGCCCACAGGGUUCCCCCAUGUGGUAGGUGGAGGAGGAGUGUACAGCCACAGAAAGUUCCAUGUUGAUGGCAUCCAGGCAGUGAGCCCCAAGGAAAGAACCAGGGUUGUCCCCUCCCCACUUUUAUCUUCACCCUCUUCCUUGCGCUUGGUCUCGGGCCGUGGCCGAGAACUCCCUGGGACAUUGAAACGUAUUUGGGAAAAGCCUGGCCCUGCUUCCAGACACCGGUAGCAGCACCUGCGUCUGUGUGAGAGCAGGGAGCCACUCCAUCAGGAUCAGAGACUCAGCAGGUCCUGCCGCAUUCCUAAGAAAACCCGAGUCUCGCCAGUCCACGUCCAGGGCUGUGAGUAUGUGUAUCGCCUUUCAGUGAGCAACUCCAGCACUGAGUACUGGGCUGCACUUCAAUGUAGAGAAAUUUAAAAGAGGCAGAACAGCACAAGCGCCCGUGUCCCCACUGUGUCGGCAGCUGCUGAAGCUUUAUUCCCAUUUGGCCACUUUGCUAUUACUAUUAAAGGAGAUGUUACAGCUGUCAUCAAAAUCUGCCCUAACCCCCAAACUUAGUUUCAUUCCCCUCCUGCCACCAGGAGUUCAGCCUGGGUCCAUUCAGCCAGCCGUGUAUGUCGUAUGCGUGCGUGUAAAUAUAGAUGUAUAAGAUUCAUCUACCGUACGUGAGGAUGUCUUACUUAGGUAAAUGCUGUCAUGCUGCAUGUAUCAUACAUAUUUUUGUUUUCGAGAUCAGUUGAAGAAAUAUACAGAUCCAUCUCACAGCAGCUGUGUAGUAUUUCAUCAUAUGAAUAAACGGUACCAUAUUGAUCCAUUUCUUACUGAUGGACACUGAAGUCAUUUCCACUUCUUUGCAGCUAAAAAUAAUGUUGCACUGAACAUCUUUCACACAGCCUCUGCUGCCCGUGUGCUUGUGUCGACUUAGAAGCGGAUACUGAUCCUUUGAAAGGAGACCUCCCUGGCUCACGGGGGAGGAGCAUGCUCAGCUUUCCUAGCUGAUCCUUUAUGAGUCUCCACUUGCCCAG